AUGGCGAACGAUUUACGGAUUAUUAUUUCCUUGCCUUGGAUCUUGACUGAUGCAAUGGGAUGGGAAAGCAAUGAAGUGGGGUAUGGCUUUUUGAGGCAUUCAAGUUUUAUGAAUCAGGAAACACCGAAGCUGGAAGAGUGUUCCAAACCUCAGCGGAACGUAUCAGAAGCGGGAAAUAUCAGUGCGUGUUGCCUGUAUGCCAGCCAUAUAAGGAUGCCACAGUUCACGUCGUAUCGCUGUUCUGUGGUAGAAUGGUGCCAGAGGAACAAGGUUAUGAAGUUCCUGAGCACACUUGACAAGGUUACAGUUCUUUUAAUUGCAGUGCAAUGGUGUGGUAAAGUGGAAUGCAAACCGUUUGUAAGGAAAAAGCACAUUUUUAAGGCUUUCCAUUUUGGGUUCGUACCUAUGCCACCGAAACACUUAUCACUGGAAUUUGAAAAAUUUACGCCUUUUGGUACAUAUGAAUUCAAGCAUACUAUCAAAAAACGGCAGAUAGCACGAUCCGAGCUACCUCCAGCAGCUAAUGAAGUAAUCGCUUUAGCAGAUGAUCCUUUAAAAAUACCUAUAACACCUUUAUUGGAUAAGAUAGAAGUCAAAGAAGGAGAAAAAUUACCCGCUGAAGUGUUGAUAACAUCGGUCGUAGAGCCAUUUGAACCUGGUAAACCGAUUUCAUUUUUAUUACCAGUUGAUUCUGAAGUGGUUAUAAAACCUGCAGUUAAAGAUGUUGCAACCCCUAUACCAUUUAAUGUUGACGCGCCUGUUGAUCUAGAGCCUAGAAUUCAGCCAGAAGUAGUCGCUCCAUUACCUAAUGCUAUCGUUAAUAUAACUCCAAAGCCUAUAGGAAUUCCACCACCACCAGAAAUUAAACUUCUCGAAUCAGAUGUGGACUUAAAUACUCCGAUAGAAAGCACUAUUCCACCAAUACCACCGGUAAUGCCAAUACCAGAAGGAAAGCCGAUACCACUGGAAGAGUCACCAGUCAUAAGUCCAGUAAUAAAUAGUAUUCCCAUUGCACCAUUUGUGUAUACCAAUAUUAAAGGAAUACCGUUUUAUAUUCCAGCUGGUAACAUCAUACCAUUUAUAACUCCGGGCGCAGUUCCUAUUCCAGAAGCUAUUGUACCACCAAGCCCACCCCCUGUAAUUAAAGAAAUACCCGUGGUUAAAGAGGAAAUUCCUGUUGUAGUUAAAGAAGAAGUUCCUCCAGUUGUUAAGGAAGAGCCACCACCAAAUUUCUUUGUGAAAAGCUCCCGCUUUGUUUUAUAUUUUGGCUCCAUGAUGCUUCAAAUGCUAUCACGAUUUGUAAAUGGACAAGCUAAUCUUAGCCAAAUUCCUUUACCACCUCCAUUCCCAGGUUUGCAAUAA